AUGAGUAGUAAUACAAAUACAGAACAAGAAACGGAAGUCUUUUCACAAAAUUUUGUAUCUGCUGGUCGAUAUCGAGGUGGACCUCAUGGCGUCGGUGAUCCCAACGACAAAAGUUUACGAAAAGUCGAAUUAGAAGUUUGUAUACCAGGUAUUAUCCGAGAACGUGCACAUCGAGAAAAGUGUCAUGAUUUGAUUAAUGAAUUUGGUAAAUGUGGCGAGCAACAUGGUGCAUGGUCUUUCCUCAAAUGUCGAAAAGAAGUCAAAGCAAUGAACGAAUGUUUGAAGAAAUGGUUUCAUGACCCGGACUUUCGCGAAGAUUGUACACAAAUGUAUUUGGCUGAACGAACGAAAUAUCGUGAAACUGGAAUUUUGAGUAAACCUGUUCGAAGACCUUAUUAUAUAAAUCCUGAGAAAGAAAAGGAAAGAAUCAAGAAGAUUCGACAAGAAUAUGAACGUUUAGAACAUAAAGAUAAUCAUUAG